AUGGCUGUUACUGUUGAGGCAGAUAAGAAUAAUGGAGGUAAUCUCGACAGCGAAGAACGUGGUCGAGUUCUUCUCCCACCGACAGACAACGGCAACCUUGAAGCAGAGAUUAAGAAUGACCCGAUGCCAGGAACAUCCUUCGAAGACAUUACUCCUGCGCUUAUCUUGGAUCUGUUACCAUCUAAGCGCAUAAAGAAAACAGCUGAAAUUCUCACAAACCACCGUCGAAUUGACGAGGCAAGAGCUAGUGAAACGCCCGCUGGGCAGAACAGGAAAGGACACAUCCAGACUGUUUGUUUGCGUAAACGCAAGAACAAUUCUAGUGCUGCCCAGCCCAUGGAUAUUCAUGUUCUUCAAAGCCAACCCGCCCAGAAGGUCGCGUUUAAAGACUCUUCCACGGUUCGUGUGGGUACUAAACUUGUUCGCAAUCAGCCACCCACCCAGCCCUCUGCUAUGCGACCCAAGCAUUUGGUCCGCGGCGGGUUCCAGCCGCGCCUUCCGACUUCGCUGCCGCCCCCAGGGCAGCAGCAGCAGCCGUCGCCGCUACCACGCCGACAGCCCGUCCCGUUGAUGCCUCCCGCGCAGCUUCAUCCGGGAGGGCCCCCGGUGGUCGCUCCGGCGCCUGCGGUCCCUCUUCACUCGCCACCGCCUCCGGAGCUGAUGGACGUCGACCCCUCAGCCGGGCCGCCUUCCCAAGCGGUGGCUGUGCAGCCUGUCCUGCAGCCGCUUUCCUUGGGCACCCCCAAGGAGUCUGACCCCGCAGCGCCUUGUCCGGCGCCCACUCAGCAACCGUCGACGCAGCGUCAGGAGACGCUGCCUCUCUUCGUGGGUCCCGACGCCUCGUCGCGUCCAGUACCAGAAGCUGCGCCCGUGGUCACAGGUUUUGGCUUCUCGAGAGCAACUCCGGCAACAGGCGCCGCCGACUUCGGCCCACCCCUCUGGCUUCUGGACCUUUUGACGUAG